CGGCGAGGGGGAGGUCGGUACUGUCCGUUCGCGCAGCCCGGGCGGCCACGGGGCCGUUUUUUUCUCCCCCUGUAAGGUCGGUGGAGGUUUUCGAUGUCAACGGUGACUUAAACCCCGAAAACCAUCUGAGAUUCCACAUUCCAAGAACUGACCUGCAUUAUAUCCAGAAACUUUCCAAAUAACAAUGGCCAGACUGCUGCAAGAUCCAUCUAAGUUCCAUCCCUCAGAAUGGGCUACUGCAAACAUGAUGCAGCGUGUCAGUACAGAGUCCCAGAAGUCCAGGUCGGAGUGCAUGAUAGCUGAGAGUUGGCGGCUGGUGGAUGAAAUAGAAAAGACAACGCAGAAAACCCAAAGUGAUGUCAACAAGAAAAUAGAACAGAGACGGGAAGAAAUAAAGUUCUGGAAGCAAGAACUAGAUAACAAGCUAGAACAAAUUGUUCAUGAGACAGAGGUACUGUUGACUUCCAAGAAUCGGCUGGAGAGAGCUUUGGAGAGCUGCAAAGAGCCACUUGUCAUUGCCCAAAAGUGUCUCCUGUACAGGCAGAGGCGAGUUGGAAUUGACUUGGUGCAUGAUGAAGUGGAACAGGAACUGGAGAAGGAAGCUGAAGUCCUCCAGGGGAUUAUUGCUUUGCUGGGACAUACACUGGAACAAACCAAUGAGCAAAUCAGACAAAACCGUUCAGCAAAAUACAACCUAGAAAUGGAUCUGAAGGACAAGUUUACAGCUCUGAUGAUUGAUGAUUACUGUGCUCGCUUGACAAAUGACACUCCUGAUAUGAUGUAUGCUGAUAAUGCAUUGAAAAUAGAAGGAAAUUUUGUUAGCCCUAAAGACUGGGUAGAUUUCUCAAACAUAAAUGUUGAAAAGGCUGACAAGCAGAGAAACAAUUCUUUGGCACUGAGGGCACUUAUUGAUGGCAUCCUGUCACAGACAGCAAAUGACAUGCGCAAGCACUGUGAGAUGGUGAAUGUUGCUUUCAGAAAUAGGGUGAGGGAAGUCAAGGAUGCCAAGCACAAGCUAGAGACACUUCUUGCAAUGGUGAUGGAUGAGACUGCCUCCCAGGAGAAGAACAUUGCAGCCUUAAAGAAAGCAAUUGCUGAUAAAGAAGGACCUGCUAAAGUGGCUCAAAGUCGCUUGGAAGCGAGAAGCCAUCGCCCCAAUGUGGAACUGUGUUAUGACAGAGUGCAAUGCAGCCUGAUGAGUGAAGUUCAAGAGAUUACCAAAAAUAUUCAAAGAUUAAAGGAUGCACUGGCACAGGCUGAGACAGAGCUGAAAGGUCUGAGCCGCCGACAGCUUUCCUUGGAGGAAGAGAUCAAGGUCAAGGAGAAUACACUGUAUAUUGAUGAAGUGCUGUGCAUGCAAAUGAGGGAGUCUGUUUACAUAAACAACUUCUGAAGCCAUCACACUGGAAAAUUGUGCUCCAAAGAACCAACGCCUGAUGAAAUUUCAUUUACAAACUUCCAAAUUUAUUCAUUUGGCUCAAUGUUGUCCUGGUUCUAGUUGUGGAAGAUAAUUAAAACAGACCUGGUACUUACA